AUGGUGAACAAGAGGACCAAGAAGGCUGGCAUCACCGGCAAGUACGGUGUGCGGUAUGGCGCCUCGCUGAGGAAGACUGUCAAAAAGAUGGAGAUCUCGCAGCACGCGACGUACACGUGCGUCUUCUGUGGCAAGGACUCGAUCAAGCGCGUGGCGACCGGCAUCUGGCACUGCAAGGCCUGCAAGAAGACUGUUGCGGGCGGCGCGUACACGCUCAACACUGCA